AUGAUAAAUAAGAUUAUUAUUGGCGCCCUUGGCCUCGUCGUCAGCGUAGCCGCAACUCCUUUGGAGCUUGCUGAGCGAAGCUCGUGCAGAGAUGACAGUUUAUACAAGUGCUUCGCUGAUAGAGAAUACUCCCAUUCAGCAUCUGCAUACUGCUCUGCGCUGACUCCGGUUACAAAAACAGUCACCAUAGUAAAGCCCACGGUAACAAAGACAGCAUGGGUCACUAGCACUGCCAAUCCAUCAACCGACUUUGUCAGCUCGACAACCAAUAUUUACACAGCAACGGUUCCUUCUUCAACAGAAACAGUAACCGAGACGGCGACCGAGACGGCGACAUCAACAGCAACCCAGAGUGUAACGACGACAGUAACUGUCACUGGUGGCCAGAACCAGCAACCACCGCCUACCACAACGCUUGCUCCGUUAAAGCGUGACGCUCAAGGAGGAAAGCCGGAGCCGCCAAAGUGUAUGCUCACUAAAUGCUUCGUAUACUCUCCCGAACGCAUCACAACGGGUUGCAGCUGUAUCGGUGUGCCGCCUAAGACGGUCACAAUCUCUCAGACGGCCCCUUGCUCGACAGUUACAGUGACCUCGACUUCAGUGACGACGCCUCACGUUACAGCAACAGCAUGGCAAACUGUAGCCACGGAACUCGCUGACGGCGUUUCAACUACCACAGCCACUGUUACAGCCACAGUCUCUACUACGGUCACAACAACUGCUACCACGACCACGACCGUCACCGUCACACCUCCAGCACAGAACCUCGUCCCCAAUGGCGAUUUCUCAUCUGGUUCGACUGGAUGGAGCGUCAUCAACAGCGCCCCGUCCGCAUGGGUAAAUGGAGGGGUGGGCACCUCCGGUAGUCCAGAUGGUACAUCCAACGCUUACCACAUUACCAACGUCAUUUCCACUGGACAACUUUUUAUAGCCAGCCCUCUCUUUGGAUUAAAGGCAAGCUCCUCAUACGGUGCAUCCUUCAUGGUUGCCUCAACGAGUACCGAUCGCAGCUUGGUGAAUACCGUCCGUACCCAACUCAACUGUGGCUCGAUUACCCUGGUGGAUACAAGUUUAACCCAGGCGACACAAGAUGCAACUGGUUACUAUACCGUCUCGGCGAGUUUCAACACUCCCAUUACAACCGAUCCCACCACUGUAGGCCAGUUGGGUAGAUGCCAGUUGCAGUUUCUCUUCCCUCAUUCUUCGCAACCGCCAGUUACGUGGUUCCUGGCUAAGGUUUCUAUCACGUCGACCGGUGCUAUUUCUGCUUAG